UCCCGCAGUUGCAACACCCCGUCUACCACUCUCCCUUCCCUCCCACCUCCUCGCUCUCUCUUUGCUUUAAUUUUCUCCCAGUUCUCAGGACUGGGGCUCCAGCUCUGGCCUUUGGGGUUGGAGGUCCCGGCUGGGGACCGAGCGGUGAUCAUCACCCCAGUCUCCACCUCAGCUCCCCAGCCCGCGGCCCCGGGCUCCUACCGGGACCUGCCGGGCCCGCUCAUCCCGGACUCCGCCGCCGCCGCCGCCGCCUGAGCCCCGAUGGGGGAGUGAGAGGCCACAGCUGGCCCGACAUGGGCCUCCCCGCCGUGCCCGGCCUGCUGCUGCCACUGGUGCUCCUGGCUCUGUUGGUGGAAAUAUACCCCUUACAGGUUACGGCACUGGUCCCUCUCCUCAGGGACCGGGAGAAGAGAGCUAUUCUGUGUCCUCAAGGAAAAUAUAUUCACCCUCGAGAUAAUUCCAUUUGCUGUACAAAGUGCCACAAAGGGACCUACCUGUAUGAUGACUGUCCUGGCUCAGGGCUGGACACGGACUGCAGGGAAUGUGAAAACGGCACCUUCACAGCUUCCGAGAACCACCUCAGACAGUGCCUCAGCUGCUCCAAAUGCCGCAAAGAAAUGAACCAGAUGGAGAUUUCUCCUUGCACCGUGUACCGGGACACCGUGUGUGGCUGCCGGGAGAACCAGUACCGCUAUUACUGGAGUGACACCCUUUUCCAGUGCGUGAACUGCAGCCUCUGCCUCAAUGGCACGGUGCAGAUCUCCUGUAAGGAGAAACAGAACACCGUGUGCACCUGCCACGCAGGCUUCUUUCUAAGAGAGAAUGAGUGCGUCUCUUGUGUUCACUGUAAGAAAAACACAGACUGCACGAAGUUGUGUCUACCCCCAAUGGAAACGGUUAAGGACCCUCAGGACCCAGGUACCACAGUGCUGUUGCCCCUGGUGGUGAUCUUUGGUAUUUGCGUUUUAUCCUUCUCCGUUGUUUUAAUGUGCCGCUACCAAAGGCAGAAGCCCAGGUUCUUCUCCAUUGUUUGUGGGAAAUCGACACCUACAAAGGAGGGGGAGCCUGAGACCGUGGCCUCCGUUCCAGGUUUCAGUCCCACCACGAGCUUCAGUCCCACCACGAGCUUCAGUCCCACCACGGGCUUCAGUCCCACCACGGGCUUCACUCCCAUCCCCAACCCCACCUUCACCCCCAGGUCCGUCUUCACCCCUGGUGACUGGUUUAAGUUCAGGGCUGCAUCAGUCUCUGGAGAGAUGGCUCCACCCCACCAGGAGGCUGGCCCUAUCCUCACCGCGGCUCCAACCUCCACCCCUAUCCCCACCCCUGUUCAGAAGUGGGAGGACAGCACCCACGCUCAACGCCCAGAAGCCGACCCGGCGGACCCGGCGACGCUGUAUGCCGUGGUGGACGGCGUGCCCCCGUCGCGCUGGAAGGAGUUCGUGCGGCGGCUGGGGCUGAGCGAGCACGAGAUCGAGCGGCUGGAGCUGCAGAACGGGCGCUGCCUGCGGGAGGCGCACUACAGCAUGCUGGCGGCCUGGCGGCGGCGCACCCCGCGGCGCGAGGCCACGCUGGAGCUGCUGGGCCGCGUGCUCCGCGACAUGGACCUGCUCGGCUGCCUGGAGGACAUCGAGGAGGCGCUGUGCGCCCCCGCCUCCCUCUCGCCGGCGCCCCGCCUCCAGCGAUGAGGCCAUGCCCCGCCCCGGGAGGGGCCUGCCCGGAGGACGGCUGCUUCCUGGAGGGGCGGCCCGGAAGGACCGUGCGAGAUGCCCUUCGGACCCCUUUUUCUGGACAAGGGCUUCGGAGGGGCCGGCAUGGCUGUCAGCCGCCUACUUGGUGCUACUCUCUCAGUGUACAUAGAUUUUCUCAGCUGCCGGAGCACUGCCGGGGGCUCAGCCUUGUGUGUGUGACAGGUGUGUGUGUGUGUGCGCGUGCGUGCGCGAGCGCGAACACCCUUGUGUGAUCCUGAGAGAGAGGGGCUGUGCGCCAGGAGCCCAAGCCAGUGGCUGCCGAUAGGGGGCGCCCUGCCUCAUCGCCCAGAGACCCAAGCAAAACAGCUUAGGGGCUUCUGGCUGGCUCUGGGCCUUUUUCACAGUAGAUAAGCGAUCUUUGUAUCAAUUAUGUUACACUAAUAGCAACUGGGCACCCCUCUGCCCCCUGCUUGGACAAGCACAGAGUGAGCUGACCUGUCGGAAGGCAGGGGCGAGCACAGAACAAUGGGGCCGCCAGCUGAAGCUGUGGACUUUUGUAAAUACACUAAAACUCUGGAAUUAAAGCUCUGCUCCUGGA